AUGUAUAAAAUUAAUGCAAUCUUCCUGUUGUUUCUGAUAUUUCUUUCUUUAUUUAUUUAUUUAUCUAUCUAUCUAUCUAUCUAUCUAUCUAUCUAUCUAUCUAUCUCAGUCUGUUCAUAUCUAUGUAUCGCUGUUCAUAUCUAUCUAUCUAUCUAUCUAUCUAUCUAUCUAUCUAUGUUUUUAUCCGAGUCUCUUUCUAUCUAUCUAUCUAUCUAUCUAUCUAUCUAUCUAUCUAUUUAUAUCAGUCUGCUCAUAUCUAUCUAUCUGUCCAUAUCUAUCUAUCUAUCUAUCUAUCUAUCUAUCUAUCUAUCUAUGUUCAUAUCUAUGUAUUCUCAUUGUGCUCACAACUAUCUCAUUCUGUUCAUAUCUAUCUAUCUAUCUAUCUAUCUAUCUAUCUAUCUAUCUAUCUAUCUAUGUUCAUAUCUAUCUAUUCUCAAUGCGCUCACAACUAUCUCAUUCUGUUCAUAUCUAUCUAUCUAUCUAUCUAUCUAUCUAUCUAUCUAUCUAUCUAAGAAACGGGGACAAUAA